AUGACAACGGCACAAGUCUCGCCAGGAAUCAAACUCCUGCGAUCGAUACCCUCCCCCAACUACCGACUUUACUCAUCAACCACACAAAUAUUGCGCCAACAUACAAAAGACCACCCUCAAGAAAAUCCCAACAGACCAAGACAAUCACCGAAUCGAAACGUAACAAAAGGACGGCCUAAACCACUCCGCAUCUUCAUCCCACCAUCAAACGACCAUGUAUUACCAUCUGGAAAACUGCUCACUACACCAGAAGUCUGGUCAUUUCUUCAAGAAACAGGCAUCGAGUACGACAACUCUAAGGCUACACGUCUGCAUCUGGGGCCUGACGAGCAAAAAGUGAAGGCACUAUUCAACUGCCUUGUUCAAUACUCGCCUCGAUAUAUACUACACCCUUUCCAUCUGCAACAUUUAAGGCCUGGAAUAGCCCCGAUGUUGCCCGUAAUCAUGAGCAAUUACCGACGCAAGUUGGAAGAGGAGCCUCUCUGGACAUACACAAUAUGCAGGGGAGGAAGCAGUAACGUGGUGCGACACCUGAUGGUCAAAAGGUUGACAGGCGCAUUCUGGACAGCCAUGAAAGAUCUCGGAUACUCAACGAAUGGCCCACGAGGAACGCUUAUAAUGACGAUCCACGAUCCUUUGAAAGUCGCCCAAGCCCCAGCUCAUAUUCUUGGCGAGGCAGUUGCGAAGCAACUGAAGCAAACCUGGGAAGAAUACAGGCUUGAAAAAGAGACAUGA